AUCCCAUCUGAAUUACAGCAGACACACACAGAAGCCAGACACUGAGUUACUUGACCGCAUUUGAAAAUACAUAACCGUACCGAGAGCACCACCCGGAAAGACAAGUACAUUUCCUUAAGGAACUCUUGGCAGAAACGUAAGGCGUGCUCGAUAAAACUGUGGACCUCCCUCAUCUGCUCCAGAACAGAAAACCUGUCGAGUCAGGGAUCAGCUUUAGUUGAAGGCUGAUUCUCUUCCUGGAAGUCAUCGUCUACACUUGGAAGAUGGGUGGAACCAACAUGUGGUGAAGUGUAAGUGCUGACAGGCCCCGUUGUUGAGAUCAGAGCUAAGACUAGUUCUACUUCUCAGACACUGAAACUCAGACAGUCGUUCGUCACUGAGAGGUGAAAUGGCCCAGAAAAGAGUUCAGCUGGAGCGGGAAUCCUUCUCUUGUUCCAUCUGUCUAGAUCUACUGAAGGAUCCGGUGACUAUUCCGUGUGGACACAGCUACUGUAUGAUCUGUAUUAAAACCCACUGGGACAUACAGGAUGAGAACAGAAUCCACAGCUGCCCUCAGUGUAGACAGACCUUCAGACCGAGGCCUGUCCUGGUGAAAAACAUCAUGUUCACUGAUUUAGUGGAGCAUCUGAAGAAGACUGGACUCCAAGCUACUCCUGCUGAUCACUGCUACGCUGGAGCUGAAGAUGUGGCCUGUGAUGUUUGUACUGGGAGAAAACUGAAAGCCGUCAAGUCCUGUAUGGUUUGUUUGAUCUCUUAUUGUGAAAAACACCUCCAGCAUCAUUACGAUGUACCUCAGCUAAAGAAGCACAAGCUGGUGGACCCCAUGAAGAAGCUCAAGGGGAACAUCUGCUCUCGUCAUGAUGAAGUGAUGAAGAUGUUCUGCCGCACCGAUCAGCAGUGUAUCUGUUAUCUCUGCUCUGUGGACGAACAUAAAGGCCACGACACAGUCUCAGCUGCAGCAGAAAGGACCGAGAGGCAGAAAGAGCUCGAGCUGAGUCGACAACAAAUCCUGCAGAGAGUCCAGGACAGAGAGAAAGAUGUGAAGCUGCUUCAACAGGAGCUGGAGGCUGUCAAUGGCUCUGCAGAUAAAGCAGUGGAGGACAGUGAGAAGAUCUUCACCGAGCUGAUCAGAUCACUGAAGAUGCAGAUCAGAUCCCAGAAGGAAACUGAAGUGAGUCGAGUCAAAGAUCUUCAGGAGAAGCUGGAGCAGGAGAUCACUGAGCUGAAGAGAAAAGACGCUGAACUGAAGCAGCUCUCACACACAGAGGAUCACAACCAGUUUCUACACAACUACCCCUCACUGACACCACUCAGUCCGUCUACACACUCAUCCAGCAUCAACAUCCGUCCUCUCAGGUACUUUGAGGCUGUGACAGCAGCUGUGUCAGAGGUCAGAGGUCGACUACAGGACGUCCUCACUGAGUCAGAGACAAACAUCUCACUGACAGUGACUCAAGUGGAUGUUUCACUGUCACAACCAGAGCCCAAGACCAGAGAGGAAUUCUUAACAUUUUCACAGGAAAUCACACUGGAUCCAAGCACAGUAAACAAACAUCUGUUAUUAUCUGAGGGAAACAGAAAAGUAACAAGAAUGAGAGAAGAACAGUUUUAUUCUAGUCACCCAGACAGAUUCACUGAUUAUUAUCAGGUCAUGAGUAGAGAGAGUCUGACUGGACGUUGUUACUGGGAGGUGGAGUGGAAAGGAGCAGUUUAUGUAGCAGUCGCAUUCAAGAAUAUCAGCAGAGCAGGGAAGUCACGUGAAUGUGCAUUUGGAUGGAAUGACAAAUCUUGGGCGUUAAAUUGUCACAGAAACAGUUAUAACUUUUAUUACAACAGCAUCAACACUCCAGUCUCAGGUCCUCGGUCCUCCAGAGUCGGAGUGUACCUGGAUCACAGUGCAGGUGUUCUGUCCUUCUACAGCAUCUCUCACACCAUGACUCUCCUCCACAGAGUCCAGACCACAUUCACUCAGCCGCUCUGUGCUGGAGUUAGGAUUUAUUAUGAUGAAGGAGACACAGCUGAGUACUGUAAACUCAAAUAGAUUUGAGUCAUUUAAAGAGCAGUGAAUUAAACUGUGUUUAAACCGUCAACAUCCUUUCUCUCCAUUUUGUUUUGACUGUAAAAAAAAGUUUGUACUUGUUUUCUAAAUCAGUGUACAGAUAAGUUUCUCUAAUGUGUGAUGAAACAAACUGAUUGUGUGGAUGAAGUGAAUCUGUCCAUCAAAUCACUGAACAUGAGUCUUUGAACAGACUUUACUGAUUAAAUGUGUGAACAAACUGAAGGUUUCAAUAAAGAAGUUUUUCCUCAAGAAUAAA